UUUGAAAAAAAAAAGGGCUCUCAUCAGUAUGGAAAUUUUUCUGUUUGCUUGCACCGCGACAUUGUUAUUUGCACAAGGCUCGAGUUCAGUUAUGAGGCAAAAAGAAAAACUUGGCCAAACGGUAAGAUUAGAAUUUGGUGAUGGUGUAAUGGAUAUUCAAGCCUCAAUUCCGAAAUCUCAUGAUGGCCAGGUAGAUCGCAUGGAUAUUCUGAAGGACGGAAAGAUCACUAAAUAUGGCCGUGAGAGAUACGGUGGUCGACUGUCAUUCAGAAAUGGUACAUUAAUAAUUAAAGAUUUAACUGCAAGUGACACAGUCUCGUACUUCUACUUUUUUCAAGGUGAUCCGAAAAAGCCAGCGGCAAUUGAUCUUAUACUCGAAUAAAGUAUUUUGAGAUCACUUUGUCAUAAAAAGAAUAAAACAUUGAAUUAAUAUAAACU